AUGAUUGAUGGGCAACAGCAACUUUUGACUAAUGCUAAUACUGAACCUAAACGUGUAAAGGUGUAUUUGUUAGAAAAUGAUGAAUGGAAAGAUACAGGGACAGGAUUUUGUGUUGGACAAUGCGAGCAGGCCUUAGGCUGCGCGUACCUUCUUGUUCGAGACGAAGAGCAGCCAGAUCGCAUUUUGUUGAAAUCGAAGCUUGAGGGCAAUAUUGAAUAUCAAAGACAAGAAGAGACUCUAAUUGUUUGGAAAGAUAUUCAAGGUCAUGAUAUAGCUUUGUCGUUUGAGGAAAGUACUGGUUGUAAUGCCCUAUGUGAAUUUAUAUGUUUGAUCCAGAAAACGUUUGAGAAUAAUAUUUCGUUGGUUUCUGUUCGAUCCAACGAUGAUGGAAUGGGUUCAGUGCAUGAAAUAAUCACGGGUCCUGUGCAUCUUCCUUCGAAUGAUGCGGUGCAGAACGAAGAUACUUUGAUGGAAGCACUUCGAAUCUUGAAUGAGAAUACUGCGUUUGAGUUUUUGAAAAGUGAAACCGUUGACUUUAUUAUAAACUCAGAUUAUGUCCGGACGCUUAUAGAUCACUUCCAGUUUGCGGAAAAGACACACUUGCACCGAAACUUAUUAUUGUUGAGCCAUAUAGUGAAGACUCUUUUUCUCUACAAUCAAAGGGUGUUGAUAGAACAGCUAAUUGACGAUGAUCAUUACAUGGGAGUUUUCGGGAUUUUAGAAUACGAUACAGAAUAUCCGGACUGUAAGGCUAAUCAUAGAAACUGCUUACAACAGACAAGAACGAGCUUGAAGGAAGUGAUUCCUUUGAAUGAUGACCACAUGAAGCAAAUCAUAAAGAAGACCCUGAGACUGCAAUUUCUUAAGGAUGUUGUACUGGUGCGCUUUCUGGAUGACCAUUCUGCGACGCUUAUAACAGAGGUGAUGCUUGAAUACCAGUCGAGUAUAAUUAACUUUUUGCAGCAAAGUCAGUUCAUAGAUGAUCUUAUGGCAAUGUAUGUUGGUAACCUAGGUGCUAUUGAUCCUGUAUUUUUGGAGAAAAAACGGCAAGGUAUAAAGCUGCUAGACGAAUGUGUCCAGAUAACAUGCAAUUUGGCUCCGGCAGAAAGGUCUUCUUUUUACAAGGUUUUGGUGAAAAAGGGCCUGUUUAACGUAUUAGAUUUUGCAUUUAAUAUUGAAACUAGUAGUGAAGUAAGGAUCCUGGCAACAGAUAUGAUAAUUUCCAUUAUCGAAUUUGAUAUUCUUCUUAUCAACACCGUGCAAAAUGAAAUGAUUGACCAAACUCUUGACGAGGAACAUAAUGGAAGAAUUACUAACAACACUGAAGUUUCUGAGGGUGAAAAACUGGAAGGUGAGGGAAAUUGUAAUGGGCAGAAGAGUAAUCCUGCGGGUAGCCAGGUACAGAACCACUCUUCAGACAUUUCUCUAUUGUUGAUAUUAUCAAAAAUCCUGUUGACGGAUAAAAGCCCAGGGUUAAAGGAGCAGGCAUUCCAGGCCCUCAUCACGCUGUUAGACCCCGAAGAUUUCUUAGGGGAUGGUUAUGAAGAUCAAUCUAGCAUAGAAAGCUUAAUGAAGUUUUGUGCUAAUAACAGAAUACGCGAAAGACAGGCUGGUCCACAAUUUCAACUAAUAGAUUAUUUUAAUAAAUUUUACAAGGAGGUUGCGCCCGUGCUGUUUGAGUGUUUGAUUACAGGCGAUGUCGCGGAUAAGGACGAUCAAUUAUUAUUAAAACUAAUCAAAUUGGUUGAUCUAUUAGUGAAUGAACAUGACAUCGUGGUCUCUCGUGGCUUCAUAUUAGAGAACGGGAUUCUGAUGACUGUGUCAAAGUUGAUGGGCCCUUCUCAUGUUAUUCAGUUACGACUGGCUGCUCUGAGAUUAUUCAAAGGUAUUGUUCGGCUAAAUGAUGAUUUCUAUUAUAGGUAUCUAAUAUCCAAAAAUUUGAUGGAUCCAAUACGCCAGAUACUGGAAGAAAAUCUAUACGAGAAUAAUAUGGCAAACUCCUGUGUUAUGGAUUUCUUAAAGCUGGUCUCUACACACUGUCAACAAGCCCAAGAGGUCUCCGAUUUCAAUAGGAAAAACUAUGUCUCUUUGAAUAUUUACAUGGUUGAAAGGUUUGGCGAAAUUUUAGAGAGGGUAGACUACGUUUCCUUCACUACAAAUAUGAUACGGAUGGCUCAUAGUAGCAAAAACAAUGUCCACAGGAACGCACAAGAAGCGGAAGACAAUAGUCUACCAGUAGAUCCUCAGGCUUCCGCCGAAUAUGACUAUGAAGGAACUCCUGGUUUGAUCGAUGCCUCUCUUGAAGGCGAUGCGAACGAAGAGGAAGUUGCCAUGGGUAGCGAUAUAUCAGUGCCUGCUUCAAUCAGCACAAAACGGACCUACUCUGACUUGGAAGAAACCGCUGCCAGCGUCAUAAAUCUCGCUGCGCCAACCAGACAGCAGCAGUUUAGCAAGAUUGCAGAAAAAGUUCCUACUUCAGAGUAG